CCGAGUGUGUACCGAUGCCUGAAUUAGCCUAUCAAUGGGGUUGGUCUGUCCACCUUCAUAUGCUAGAUUUCAACCCCUAUUCGAUUCGUGCUGGGUCUAUUCGCGCGAGGGAUGACACAGCAUCUGCGUCGAAAGACUUGUCCGCAGGCAAUUCACACACUGGGGAGGAGACUUGGGUUCCCGAUACCGAUUCCGAUGACAGGAUCGAGCAUGGCGCAGACGCGGAAAGAUGGUCAGGCAAUGAGGAGCCCCCUUCAUCCGGUUCGAUCAGGCCACCAAGGAUAUCAAAGGAUUACAGGAUUUCAAGUCGUAUGGAGACUCGCCUCGAACCGACUGUAUUACCAAGUCGCAAAGUCACCACUGGACUUCCAUACCGCGAAGUGACGAGUGACGACACAUUGCAGGGAGACAUGUUUCCGAUGAUAGAUGCAGAGAGGAUAUUGCUCUUUGAUGUGAGUCUAUCUUAUACAUUCAUUUGACGAGCUAUGACCAUAUUAUGAUUAUUUCCCGGUUUUCUAGAGAGACCAAGCCGCCAUCAAAGUCCUGGUCAUUUAAACGCACGAUACCCA